UCUACACUAACCAAAAUGUCUAGAAGAGCCGAGAGACUAGAAAUGAAAUAGAUCAGAGUAGCAAAUUGGUGAGUAAUUAUCAAGAAAAAUGAAAGACUACGAAAGAGGAGGUGGAGAGAAAAGGAUAAACGUUCCUUUACUAGAAGAAAAUUCAUCACCGGCGACUACACUGCAAUUGUAUCAUCAUGAUGAUAUACAAGAUGAUUUACUGAGUAGAGUUUGGAUUGAGUCAAAGAAGUUAUGGCAUAUUGUUGGUCCAACUAUCUUUAGCCGCAUAGCUUCUUAUUCAAUGUUCAUCAUUACCCAAGCUUCUGCUGGUCAUCUGGGUAACCUUGAGCUUGCUGCAAUUGCCCUUUCCACCACUGUCAUUGUUGGUUUUUGCUUCGGCUUAUUGUUAGGAAUGGCGAGUGCACUAGAGACAUUAUGUGGCCAAGCAUACGGAGCUAAACAAUACCAUAUGUUGGGAAUUUACAUGCAGCGUUCAUGUGUUGUUUUGACUAUCUGUGCAAUCUUACUUCUGCCGCUUUAUAUAUUCACUACACCAAUUCUUAAACUCCUAGGACAACCAGAUGAUAUAGCUGAGCUAGCAGGCUUAGUGACAAUUUGGUUGAUUCCACUGCAUUUUGCCUUGGCUUUACAAUUCCCUUUACAAAGAUUUCUCCAGAGCCAACUUAAGACACCAAUAAUUGCUUGGGUAUGUUUGGGUGCCCUACUGUCUCAUACUUUCCUGAACUGGUUAGUCGUUCACAAACUUGGUUUUGGUGUUAUUGGAGUUGCUGCUUUGUCAAAUGUUUCAUGGUGGGCUAUAGUUCUGGGAUUGUUUUCUUAUAUUGUUGGUGGUGGUUGUCCUGAAACUUGGACUGGUUUUUCUAUGGAAGCUUUUUCUGAUCUUUGGGGGUUUUUCAAACUCUCUGUGGCUUCUGGUAUCAUGUUAUGUUUGGAGAAUUGGUACUACAGAAUACUGGUUUUAAUGACUGGGAACUUGAACAACGCUACGGUUGCUGUCUCAGCUCUUACAGUCUGUAUGAGCAUAAAUGGAUUGGAGAUGAUGGUUCCACUUGCUUUCUUCGCUGCAACUGGAGUAAGGGUUGCAAACGAGCUUGGAGCAGGGAAUGGAAAAGCUGCAAAAUUUGCUUCCAAAGUUUCAGCAAUUACAUCUUUAAUAAUAGGGAUAUUCUUUUGUUCUUUGAUAAUGAUUUUUCAUGAGAAGUUGGCAAUCAUUUAUACCACGAGUGACGUUGUCCUCCAAGCAGUUGACAACCUUGCAAUCCUCUUGGCCUUCACCAUUCUCCUCAACAGCAUUCAGCCUGUCCUCUCAGGGGUAGCCGUUGGCUCAGGGUGGCAAGCCUCAGUAGCUUACAUUAACAUCGGCUGCUAUUACAUUAUCGGACUUCCGCUUGGAGCUUCACUUGGAUGGUUUUUCCAUCUUGGUGUUCGAGGUAUAUGGAGUGGGAUGAUAGGUGGUACCGCAAUUCAAACAUUGAUAUUGAUCAUAAUCACUAUGAGAUGUGAUUGGGAUAUGCAGGCUCAAAAUGCAAGCUCGCGGAUGAAUAGGUUGUCAAAUUCAUCAGGCAAACCAUAAAAGCAGCGUUGCUGAUUGAGACCAACCAGACCACCGCAUUUGAUGGUAGGCCACUAUAUAAGGCUAAGGUCCCCUUAAUUGGAGCAAUUUUUAUUGUACUUUUGAAGGUAUUAUUGGUAUCAUAUAUGGCAAACAGGAUCUCACUUGG